AUGCCCUCAGCGAUACCGCUCCAGCGUCCAUUUGCCUGUGCCGCCGAUCUGUUCCGGGCUGUUACUGGACGAUUUGGCAAGAAUGUCCACAAGAAGCUCUCCAAAGCUGGAGAGCGCAAGUCCCGUUCAACCGGAGACCUCGACAAUGCUGAUUACAUGUUGAUGGAGCCGACUACUAGCCGCGCCACACCACUCCCGCCACAUUUCGAUGAUUGCGACCGCGUGCCAAUGGAAUUCAGCGCCAAAGGCGUCCGGCUCCUGCCACAAAAUGCAGCCACCAGAAAAAUGCUUACCCAAGGUUCUCGCCGCAAUUCCGAUCUGAUCCCCAGCUGCCACCUUCAUGUGGUACAACCCUGGUAUUACGCGGAUACCCCAUCCAACCAAGCCACUGAGAUCUUGAGGAGCGAGGAUACCGAAGACGGUGACUUCAUCGUAUAUUCCUGGGACGGAAAGCUGACCAUCGCCCAAUACCGUCACGGCAGAAUAGUCCAUAUUCCGAUCGCCGUCUCAAACCGUCGUGGAGCUCCGAGCUUCCGCAUUAACCUUGACCAGGCCUUUAAGGGCGUCGUCGAGCUCGUCGAGCACUACAAACACCACAAGGGCUACGUUCUCACCCACUACCUAACGCGUGGUAUUCCCCGCAAAACGGCCAUCAACCGCUCG